AUGAAAUGCAAAGACAAGUUCCUCAUUCAGAGCGUUCAAGUUUUUAACAAUAAAAGUGGCAAUCAGGUUUCUGAAUUCAAGUUGAGGGCGAGUUUUAUUGUUCCAGCUACUCUGCCGCCGGCAUUUCAACGAUCUGAGAAUGGGGGUCAAGGUUCCAGUUUCUUUAAGAGAAUUAGCUUAUGGAGGGGAGGAGCAGCAAGAAACGCUGUAUACUCUAAUUCUAUUCAAUCCAAUCAAAGGUGGUGGCAGCUGACCUACAACAGCUGCAAGAUCAAUGUUAACGUUCUUGUGGAAUUGUCGAGGUUUAGGGAAUCCCUCGACAAUUUGGGCACUUAA